AAAGCUUGCGGCGGAAACCAGAUUGUAUUGAUCAUCGACUAGUAGUGCGUGCAUGCUUAGCGCGCGCGCUGCUGUGUAUUGUACAUGUACACUGUAUAUGUCUUGUACAUGUACAUAUAUGAGCAUGGACACAUUUACAUGUGCAAAUACAUAUUGAUCUUCUUUGUAAAGGCGAUCGUGUAUAUCUCGUUCUUGUCGUUGUAUCGCGCAAUAUCCUUGUUCAACACCCGUGGUAUCAGCGAUAUCGAGUUCAAAUGCUUCGUUGUUUCAUCAGUUGACUUGUGAGCGAAUACAAUUUUGUUAGCUCUGUUGCCAAAUAACUGUUACCUGCAAAGUUGCACAAAUUCUUCAGUCGUUCAGAGCGUAGACUAGCUAGCACUGUAGCACUAUAAAUUGUAAUAAAUAUGGCAUAUUACAGCCGUGGCGGAGGCUCCCGCUACGGUGGUGGCGACGUCCCGACAGACGGCCGAAUUUAUGUUGGCAAUUUGCCCCCCGACAUUAGAGAAAGAGACAUUGAAGAUUUGUUUUUUAAGUACGGCAGAAUAUUAAAUAUUGACUUGAAGAUGCCCAAAGUUGGACCUCCGUUCGCGUUCGUCGAAUUUGAAGAUAAAAGGGAUGCAGAAGAUGCCAUUCACUUUAGGGAUGGCUACGAUUAUGAUCGAUACACUCUGCGAGUUGAGUGUCCGCGGAGCAGUGGGGCUCGUGGAAGCUUCAGUGGUGGUGGUGGUGGGGGAGGGGGCAGAAGAGGAGGCCCUCCACCAAGAAGGUCAAAGUACAGGUGCAUUGUAUCAGGACUGCCUUCUACCGGUAGUUGGCAAGACUUGAAGGACCACAUGCGCGGGGCUGGUGAUGUCUGUUAUGCAGAUGUAUACCGGGAUUGCACUGGUGUAGUGGAGUAUGUCACCGAAGAUGACAUGCGAUAUGCUUGCAAGACUCUGGACGACAGCAAGUUUUGCUCACACGAGGGUGACACAUCUUACAUUCGUGUGAAAACUGACUACAGAGGUGGGCGCAGCCGAUCCCGAAGUCGGUCUCCGAGGCGCUACAGCCCCAGGCGGAGCCCGAGACGUUCCUCCUACAGUCCCAAGCGUUCCCGGCGCUCCUACUCCAGGUCCAGAUCCCGCAGCCGAUCCAGGGGCCGCGACAGCCGCUCCCGCUCUCGUUAAGUUGUCCAAACGAGGCCUGAUGUUGCCCAAGUACAUGUAGUUGCUAUUUACACGGAGACCUGGACCUCAGUUUUCACAGGGACCAGGAUGACAAAGUGUCGUUAGGAUGGACUUUCUGAAUCUCGGAUUCCAUAGGAUAGCACUGGAAUCGAGGAGUCCAGGAAAAGGAAUUAAAAAACAAAAGACAAAUGUUUGUCAUGACGGAGUCGGGAAAAGAAGGCUCAGGUUUUGGAGCGGCUUUUUGAAUUUUUUGGAACAAAGGAUUUCUGACGGGGAAUUGGAUCAAACUUGGAAAGGGAACAGGAUUUUUCACAGGAUGGGAAGUUUUGGACGAAACGUGGAUGGAUUUGAUGGUAUGAUUUAAAAGUCGAUGUUGCAAGGGCAUGUUUGAAUCUAGCACAGUUCAGCCUGCUUCACAAACUUAGAGUGCUGGUACAUUUCUCUGUGAAAGAUGCUUCAUUUAAAAGAAAAAAGCAUGCAAGGGACAUCAAGGGAAAGAUCAGCAAUAGUUGUGGGAUAACCUUUAUUGCUUGGGCUGACAGUAAACACCUUUUCUGUCAAGGCCGCUUAUAUCAACCAAAUGAAUGUAUAAAUUUUGUUCUGAAAGAUUUCUUCACAUCGAUAUUUGCCUGCAUGUAUUCUGGUGUUAGGGCCUGCUUUACACUCUUGAAAUUUAUUUAAAAAAAACAGUUUGAGUGCCUCUUCCUUUCUUUUUUUGUUGCAUUUCUUCACAACACUUGGGCACAAGAAGUUGAUUUCAUUUGAAUUUUAGGCUGAUUUUGAUUUAGACAUGCCCUUUCAGAUUUUAAUGUGCAUUUUCGAGUAGACUCAAAGGAUUUUAAACACGUGCAUUGCAGUGUAAGUGUACGAUGUAUGUCAUCAAAUCUGCUUUUGGAUUGCAUGCUUGUGCAGUUUGUGGUUUGUUUCUGUGUUCGCUCGACUAUUCACAUUGUAUGCAGCAUCAAAGUUUCAUUUAUUUAGGGAAGAAUGAGAUAUUAUUUUAAGUUUCAUGUAAAUCAAAUUGGACCCAAGUGCGUAAUUGUUCAUUUUACUCCUGCCAUUAACAUGCGUUCUGUCAGUGAAAUAAAAGUAUGUGUCCAGUUAUUUUUAAACAUUUUUGGGUUGCUAUCGGACUUUUAAAGAAGGCAUUGCUUACAUGUACACCCAAU